GGCCCGAACUAACUUAGGGUGUAUCACUGCUAGCUAUGCCCUAUCUAAUUAUCACAUCCCCGGUUGAAAAGCUUUUUAGCACCUGGGAAUGUUCCCUCGUUAGUCAUAAUUGUAGAACAAAAUGUAUAUAUCAUAGAGUUGAAAAAAUAUUUCAAAAUAAAUAAAAUACUAAUAAAGUUGUUUUUCAAUUAAUUAUUCAUUUGAACUUUUUCUUAUUUUAAUCGAUAAUGAUAUAUUAAUUUAUAUUUUUUAGGAUGAUCUACCUAAUUUAAAAUGUUUCUCUUUACGAUGUUAUUGCUUAAGUGAUACAUAUGAUGCUCGAAUUUUAUCUCUUUUACGUCGUAUGUCAAAUCUUAAAGAAUUAUAUUUGUAUCUUACUAUACAAGAUCGAACUACAUUUAUCGAUGGUACAUACAUUUAUAAUGAUAUUCUUGUUCAUAUGUCACGACUUCAUACAUUCAACUUUUGUUUUUGUACUAAAAUUAGUAUAGAUCAUUUAGUUCAUCAUUUAUCUAAAGAUGAUAUUCAACACACUUUUACUAACAAAAUAUAUCAACAAGUUGACUGUAUUAUAAACUAUCGAUAUAGUACUGCUAAUUGUCAUGUAUUUUCACUACCAUUCAUGUUUGAUCAUCUUGACUUUGUUAGUAAUACAUUUCCAACUAUUAUUUUCAAUAAUGUUAGAAGCUUAUCGGUGCAAGAUGGAAUUCCAUUCAAACAUGAAUUUUUCAUUCGAAUUACUUGGAGUUUUCCUUUACUUAAAAAAUUAUCCGUUGUUAAUUUUAAACCACAGUUAUCAAUAUCAGACAAAUUAAACUCAAAUAAUAAUCAAUUGUAUUCAACAAUUAUUGAAUUUCCAUAUCUUACUUCACUUGAUCUUGGACUUGUUCAUAUUGAUUAUGUCGAGCAAUUUAUUAAUCAUACAAAAACAUAUUUACCUUGUCUAAACAAAUUAACAGUCGAUUAUGAUAAGUUAACAAUCGUCACAGAAAACUUUACAAGAGAUAGAACACAACUUAAUUGUAUGAAAAUAAAACAAUUAAUUAUUGCUCAAAUAUUAGUACAUUCAAAAGAUUUCUAUAUUUAUUUUCCUUUGUUGUAA